AUGCCGACUCACGUGCGAGCCCAAUCGUCUCCAGACUUGCCUGAUUCUCGAGAGCAGUAUGACGAUGCGGCUUUAGAAGUGGUUGUAGCAAAUGUAAAGCUAUUGCUAAAAUUAAUCGAAGAUCAUAAAGAAGCAUGCAAAAAGGGGCAAAACGAUAGGCGUCGGAUGCUGAGGGUGGCUGGGAUGAUGACAGUUCUUGAUAAUGUAAAAGACAGAUUUCAAAAAUGUCAAUCAUUUGGUAACAAAAGACCAGUGGCUAAGUUAUUAACACGAUGCAACACGGAUAUCAGGGUUAGUCCCCCGCGUGACAGAAGGGCUGGUGAAGGAAUAAUUGAUGAUGACAAAGCAAAGCUGAGGAAAGAUCUGCAUGCAUGUUUGGUCGCAAGAAAGAGCCUUGAGUCUAUGUGUUCGAGUCUUGGAAAGGAAAAAGAGAUUAUGGCUGCAGAACUGGCUAGGAAAAAUUAUGAAUUGAGUGAAGUGGAGCAACACAUUAAUGAUCUCAGAGCACAAAAUAGAUCAUUAUUACAGAAAGUACAAGAAUUUGCAGGGGAUCGCGGAGAUGAAAAGGGUGGCAAGGGAAAAGGCAAGGUAGAGGGAAAUGUUGGUGAUCUUCAAGCGCGCAACAAGGCCUUAUCUGAACAACUCUUGAAGUCGGUUGAAGGUUAUCGUUUAAUGAAAAGGAAGCUAAAAAGUACACAGGAGGAAAAUCUAGUGAUGCACGAGAGUAUAGGGGGAAUGUUAGAGAAAGUUGGUGCUGGACUUGAGCAUGUUCGUGUACUGAAACAACAGAUUGAAAGUAAAAGUGAUGAUGAUAAAGUAGUUUGUUAUAAAGAGGGGACUGCAGAAAUAGAGCAUGUCUUGGAGUGUUUGGAAUCGAUGGUGUCCAAACAUGUUAAGAGAAAACAGUAG